GAGCAAACAAGAGAAGAGGUCUGAUGGUCGAUGAGCGGACUGUAAAGAAGUCCACGCGAAUCCCCAGGGCUAUCACCUUGUGGCUGUACCUGUGAAAUGGAGAGGGACAGUGUUAAUGAGGUGCAGGCGGAGCUUGAGGGAGUGGAGGCGGAGCUGGAGGUGGUGGAGCUGCAGAUCUCCGAGCUGCUGGAGCGGCAGGCCCAUCUGAACUCCAGGAAGAAGCAGUUGCUCAAGAAGCUGGAGCAAGCCUGUGACUCCGCCCAGCCGUCAGGCUCCGCCCAACCCUCUGCGCCUGUGAGCACCAAGCAGGACCUGAAGCGUUAUGAGGGCGCAGAUUUCCCGUGGUCCCAAGAAGUGCAGAAACAGCUGUCAGCUGUGUUCCAGCUGCACAAGUUCCGCCCACUCCAGCUGCUGGCCAUCAACCUCACCAUGUCGGGCAAAGACAUCUUCCUGGUGAUGCCCACAGGCCGUGGCAAAAGCCUGUGCUACCAGCUACCUGCUGUCUGCUCUGAGGGCUUUACUUUGGUGAUCGCACCCCUGGUGUCUCUCAUGGAGGAUCAGCUCAUGUACCUGAAGUCUGUCAGCGUCUCUGCAGUCACACUCAAUGCCUCUAGCACCAAGGAGCAUGCUAAGUGGGUCAUGGGUGCCAUGACAGAAAAGAAGACGCCUUUCAAACUUCUGUACGUGACCCCGGAGAAAAUAUCCAAGAGCAAACUCCUGAUGUCACGGCUGGAAAAGGCCUACAAUGCAGGGACACUGGAGCGCAUUGCUGUGGAUGAGGUUCACUGCUGUAGCCAGUGGGGCCAUGACUUCAGACCUGACUACAAGCUGUUGGGCAUCUUGAAGAGGCAGUUCCCCAAGGUUCCCAUGAUCGGGCUCACUGCCACGGCAACCAGCAGCGUUCUGAAGGACUGCCAGAAGAUCCUGUGUGUUCCUGAGCCCAUCACGCUCACCGCCUCCUUUAACCGACCCAACCUCUAUUACGAGGUUCGGAUGAAAGAAACAAACUCUGAAGAUUCAACAGAUGACAUUGUGGCAUUGAUCCAAGAGAAAUACAAGGAUCAGUCAGGGAUAAUUUACGUGUUUUCCCAGAAGGAUGCAGAGGUUGUGUCUGCGAACCUACAGAAAAAAGGCAUCCUGGCCCAGCCGUACCACGCCAACAUGGAGGCCGCUGACAAGUCCCGCGUACACCGGCACUGGACCACUAACAAGAUCCAGGUGGUAGUGGCGACCGUAGCGUUCGGGAUGGGGAUCGACAAGCCUGAUGUCAGAUUCGUGAUUCAUCACUCACUCAGCAAAUCCAUGGAGAACUACUACCAGGAGAGUGGGCGUGCAGGACGCGACGACAAGCCUGCAGACUGCAUCCUGUACUUUGGAUUCGCGGACAUCUUUAGAAUCAGUACCAUGGUUGUCAUGGAGAACGUCGGCCAACAGAAACUCAUGCAGAUGGUGGCUUACUGCCAGACUCUUGACAGGUGUCGCCGGACUGUGAUGGCAAGCCAUUUUGACGAGGUCUGGGAUGAUGAAGAUUGUAACCAGAUGUGUGACAUCUGUCGCCACGGCAAUGACUAUGCCACAGUGGACAUCACCCAGCACGCCCGCGAGGCGGUGCAGGUUGUGGAGGUCGCUGACUCCAUGAACGAGAAGAUGACUCCCCUGAAGGUGGUGGAGGCCUGGAUGGGGAAGGGUCCCGCCAAACGCCGCAAGAUGAUACAGGUCACCACCCUGUCCCGUGUGGAGGUGGAGGCCAUCCUCAUUCACCUCCUACUGCAGGGGUACUUCAGUGAGGACUUUAGCUUCACCCCCUACACCACCUACUUCUAUCUGAAGCUGGGUCGAAAGGCUGGGCUGCUGAAGAAUGACAAGCACACCGUCACCAUGAAGAUGAAGAGGAACGUGCCCGCUGGUGACUCUGUAAAGGUGUCCAGACAUGGGAAUAGUGCACAGACCAAAGGAGGGAAAAGGUCUGGCGACAAAGCAGGACUCACUCCCCCCGUUACCAAGAAAAGCAAGGAGGUGGUUCUCUGAUUCGUCCCAAGAGAAGAACUAAAAAGAGGAAGGUUCGGCUGCAGGAGCUGAGGUGGGAACAUCUCCUCACAGUUUCUCCAGGUACCGCGCCUUGCGCAGAGA